GUUGGCUGACACUCAAAUGCAUUCUUUUUAUAUCACAGCAAUUGCAUUGUUCCGAUAUCAGGAAAACAAGUAAGCAUAUAUCUAAAUUGGAUGUAGAGUGAGUAUUUCUAUCUAUAUCUACAAAGACAAGAGGAGAGAGAAAGAAACCCAAACAAAAAAAGAAGAAGAGAGAAAAUGGGGGAAGAAAGCAUCAACUCCAUCAAUCCAGUAGCUCUUGUCUUAGCUUCAUUAGCUUAUUCUUAUUUCUUGGCUACUUAUUUACCAAAAGGAUUGUUAAGGGUCCUAUCUCUUUUUCCUGUAUUCUACAUUUUCUGUGUCUUUCCUUGGUACUCAUCUUCAAGCUUACUUAGAGGAAUUUUAUCUUUCUUUAUAACUUGGAUCACUUCUUUCAAGCUCUUACUCUUCUGCUUCGACCAAGGUCCCCUUAUUGCCUGCGAAAAUUACAUGGAUUUUGUACUGGUUUCCAUCUUCCCAAUCAAAAUAAGAGAAAACCCUUCUCGAGCCCUAAAAUCUUUACCAGAACUAGCAAUAGGGCCGCUCAUACUGCCAAUUAUAUUCUAUCUUUAUAUGUACAAAGAUAAGUACAAUCAAGAACUCAUUUUCUUACUGUAUGCCCUAGGCAUAAUUCUUGGAUUUUAUUUCUUUUUCACCUUUGGUGCUAACUUGGCAACAAGGUAUGAGCUAUUGCAACUAUUCAAGAAGCCUUAUUUAGCUACAUCUUUACAAGAUUUCUGGGGUAGAAGGUGGAAUCGUCUGUCUUCAAAUAUUUUAAGGCAUACUAUCUACAAUCCAACUCAAGACUGCUUAAAGGGUAUUGUUGGACAUGGGCCAGCAAAAGUUUUGGCUUUAAUUACUACACUUGUUGUUUCUGGUAUAAUGCAUGAGCUUAUGUUUUACUACAUCACUUGUGGGAUGAAACCCACUUGGGAAGUUACCAAAUUCUUUGUUCUGCAAGGAGUUUGCAUUGUUCUUGAGGCUGGUUUGAGGUAUUUGGCUGGAGUUAAGGGCUGGAAACAGUUUAAUCCAGUUGCUGCAAAUGUUUUCACACUUGGGUUUGUUUUGAUCACUUCUUAUUGGUUGCUUGUUCUGCCUGUAUGGAGGAGUGGACAAAAUGGGUGUAGGUUGAGGCCUAAGGGGUUUGACGUUUGGAGCCUUGAGAUGCUGUAUUAGAUGCACUCUCUCUUUUGUCCAGGUAUCAAUUGUCAAGAAAUCUUGUUUUAUGAUCAUUUUAUCAGAGUUAAGCGCAAUUAAGAACUCUAUUGAUAAACAUGUAAUUGGUAAACUGUAAUACAGUUUUCUUAAUUUGAUACUUAAGAGAUCAAAUAUUUCUAACAAACACUAGAUGCCUAAAUCCAAGCAAUCCCACUUCCAUUUUUUCUUUUUUUAAGCUUGUUAAGCAAGAUUAAGUGAUGUUUGAAUAAAUUGAAAAUAAUAAAAAAAAAAGAUGCUAUUUUCACUAAUAUUCAAAUAUUUCAGCAGUUUAUAUUUUUGUUUUCAAAUUCUUAAUACCCCAAAGG